UCAAUAUGGCGCUGUCCGUGGUUUACAAGAAUACCGUACCUCCUGUAUAAAAAGUAUAUGUCUUUUACAUCGUUUUAGGGUUGUUGAUGCGUUUACCAAAACAACGAGCAGCACUGGGUUUUGAAAUUACUUUUUUUUUGUCUAUUGUUAAUGUCGAUCACAAAGCGGGCUUGUGUUAAUGUAUGGUGAUCAUAAUGUCGGGGUCAAAUGUGUGGAGUCGCAGCCGGGAGAGGAUGAGACUCUUCUCUGGACUGUUUGCACAAUGUGCAGAAGAGGCAGCAGCGUAUGGAAAGUGUGUAGCAGCAACAACCAAAAGCAAACAGGAGCUGAAGAAGGACCUGUGUGCCCAAGAGUUCCAGGCACUGAAGACCUGCUUUACCAACGCAGCCAAGAAGAGAGCCAAAUGAAUACAAAAAACAGAUCUGCAAUAAAGACAAGUUUCAUAUCAAAUAUUUAAACAGACUAACUCGACUGUUCUUGUGGAUUUUUUUAAUUGAUUCUUACCAGUAAAACGUCUGAAUACACGUACAAAAAUACUCUUGUACAAAGCUACGGUCCUGGACUUUGAGGUGCUGGAAUCUCCAAAGGACUUUGAUCAUGAAGACCGACAAAUACAGCCCAGCGUUUCCAGUCCAUCUUGUUUUAAUAAACGUCUGAACAAGUGAAAACCACCAAGUAAGAAAUCAAAACUGGCAUGUUUAGUUUAAACGUGUUCUGCAGCAUGUAGACAGAGAGGCACUAAGAAAUC